GGUGAACCCCCCCCCGGGUCCGAGAUGUCUACCAUCAGUUCACACUGCAGCCAGAGGGAAGGAUAGGCAUCCCUGUCGUGGGCUCAUUUAGCUACAGAGGGUGUUGGAGAAAGGUGGAGAACAUGACCUGAGCGGGUCAGCCUCAUGUCCAGUUAGGAACCAUCAGCAGCGUGUCCAGUUAGGAACCACCAGCCGCGCCCCUAGAGUCUUCCGGCCACCUGACCGGCUGCUCCGUCACUCCUUCCUGCCCACGCCCCGCCCUUUCCGCUGCCCCCACUGGAAUGGAUCGCUAGUGGGAAGAACAUCCGGCCGAGCGCUGACGUGGGGUUCAGAGCAGCGGAAGUAGUCCAUUUUACGGGGCCGUAAAGCGCGGCCGGCUGACCCGUCUUCCGGUUAGCGACAACGGCCGCGACCAUCCGCACCGGCCUUCCUGGAGCACGGAGAUCAUCGGACACUGGCCGCAUCUCAUUUUUUCUCGUUGCUGCCCACCCCAGUCGGCACCACUUCCUUCGCCUUGGAUCAUGUUCAAGAAAUUUGACGAAAAGGAAAAUGUAUCCAACUGCAUCCAGUUGAAAACUUCAGUUAUUAAGGGCAUCAAGAACCAACUGAUAGAGCAAUUUCCAGGUAUCGAGCCAUGGCUUAAUCAAAUCAUGCCGAAGAAAGAUCCCGUCAAAAUAGUCCGAUGCCAUGAGCAUAUGGAAAUCCUUACGGUAAAUGGAGAGUUACUAUUUUUUAGACAAAGAAAAGGGCCUUUUUACCCAACCUUAAGAUUACUUCACAAAUACCCUUUCAUCCUGCCACACCAGCAGGUUGAUAAAGGAGCCAUCAAAUUUGUGCUCAGUGGCGCAAAUAUCAUGUGCCCGGGUUUAACUUCUUCUGGCGCAAAGCUUUAUCCCGCCGCGGAAGAUACAAUUGUUGCGGUCAUGGCAGAAGGAAAACAGCACGCUCUGUGUGUCGGAGUCAUGAAGAUGUCUGCAGAAGAUAUCGAGAAAGUCAACAAAGGAAUCGGCAUUGAAAAUAUCCAUUAUUUAAAUGAUGGCCUGUGGCACAUGAAGACAUAUAAAUGAGCCUUAGAAGAAAUCCACUCGUGCUAAAUAUGGAUAUUGUGUCGUAUUUGUGUUUUGUGUCUGUUUGUGACAGCAUGGUGACGAUGCCUCUGUGGUUAUGCUGAAUAAAUUCAACAGAUGCCUCAAAAACAAAAAAAACUAGGGUGCUCUUACCACAGAGGAGAAAACAGAAAUUGGGGGACAAGCAGCAAUCUGCUGCACUUGAAUCUGGAAGGAGUGACUGCACCCUGAGACCCUGGCCAACCUUCACCACCUCUCUGGGCUUCCUCAUUAGGAAGCUUGGAAGCAACUGAGAAUGGGUCUGACAUCCGGAUGUCUACCGGGGGCUCCCCACAAGAGCAGCAACAGGAACUCCCUCCUGCCUUUUCUCCAGUCCUCCAUCUCUUUCCUUCUUCUUCCUCUGCUAAUGAAUUAGGGGUGCCAAUAACCUUGAUUUCUUUGGUAGCAAAGUAGAGUUUCCAGAAUGUACUAGGACCUUGCUAAAGACCAGUAACAGCUGGCAUUGAGUACUUGCUGUGUACCCCGCACUGUGCUAAGGACAUUGUAAGGACAGACUCACUCCCAUAGCAGCCCUAUGAGGGAGGUGCUAUUGCCUUUUUUCACAGAUGAAGCUCAGAGAGGGAACUGCUUUUCCCUAAGGUUACCUAGCUACCAGUGGCAGAGCCUGUGCUUCCAGCACCAAGGACCACUUCCCACUGAACCUGUAUUAAAUCCGUACUCUCUCUAGGUCUCUUUAACCUUCUCUAGAAAAUUUGGGGGACUAGGGGAGGCUCCAGUGAGCUCUCCCCAUCAUAAUAUUCUCACCAGUCUGGGGCAGCCUCAGCUGAGCCCCUGGGCCUGUGGGCCUCUGACAGUGCCCACAGCCAUGCCCUCCUCAGUCCAGAGGCUGACAUGUGGGAGGGACAGUCCCGCCCUGGGGAGUGGACUUACCUGGCUUCUCU